CUCUGGUCUGACAGUGAGGAGGUUUGCAGUGCAUCCUGGGAUCACACCGUCCGUGUGUGGGAUGUGGAGACUGGAGGACUGAAGACAACAUUGACGGGCAGUAAAGUGUUUAACUGCAUUUCCUACUCCCCCCUUUGUCGACGACUGGCCUCGGGGAGCGCUGACAGACACAUCAGACUGUGGGACCCCCGCACUAAAGACGGAUCAUUGGUGCUGCUGUCUCUCACCUCCCAUACUGGCUGGGUCACCGCUGUGAAGUGGGCGCCCACACAUGAGCACCAGCUGGUCUCAGGCUCCCUCGACAACCUUGUCAAACUGUGGGACACCAGAAGCUGUAAGGCGCCUCUGUACGAUCUGGCAGCCCAUGAGGACAAAGUGUUUUGUGUGGACUGGACAGAAAGUGGGCUGAUGUUGAGUGGAGGAGCAGAUAACAAGCUGUACACCUACAAAUACGCAGCCUGUCAGACAGAUGCGGGGGCGUAGACGAGGACUGCAGAGCCAUCACCACUGAUGUACAGAAUGGACAGACAUGCACACAUUCACAACCAGCGUGGCAGAACUUUGUAUUGUACAAACAUUGUUGGCUUUGUUCUUUACUGUCUUGGUUGUUUUUACCCCAUUCAGUUUUUACACAUAUUUUGUUGUAGGGUUUCUUUGUUUCCCUGUAACUCAAGAAAAGUAUAAAUUCAUGUCUCCUCCUCAAAUGUUGUCACCUAAUGUCAAACUAAUUCUUGGUGAUAUUUUGAUGGUGCCUCUCAGUAUCAUAAGCAAGUGCAAAGUAAUUUGACAAUGCAAAAACUGAAAGUUGCCAUUGAAGGUGUUAUAUGCACUUUAUUAGGAACUCCUGUACAUCUGCUCAUUCAUGUGAGUAUCAUCGGCAUGUGACAGCAGUGCAAUGUGGAAAAUUCAGCAGAUCCACAUGAGGAGCUUCAGCUAAUGUUCACAUUAAACAGAAUGGACAAAGCAGACAAACAUGGUGCUGAUUUCAUGAUAUCCAGCAUCAUUCAUGCUCCAUGCCACAAAGCCAAAGGUUUUCACUUCCCAGCACGAGUGCAGAGUGAUGCGUUUGUGUCAAAGGAACGUUUUCAACAUCAUGAGGCUGUUUCGGAGGCAAAGGGACGCUCCAGUCAUUAUCAUUGUUUUCUUAAUAAAGUGUCCAGUGAGUGUAA